UCCUGCAUAGUUGAUGUACUGUCAGCAGCACGAGAAACUGCAUCUUCUACCUGUCGAGAUUCAGAUGCCCUUCUGAAUGCACCAUCUACCCAUUCAGCCAGUUCUAGGGUAGCUCUAUCCUCAGCAGACAAUGAAAAACGAUGAACAGCUUCUUCCCCAAUGUCAUACUUUGCUUUCUGCAUACACCUGGCCGAAAAAA